AUGAAUAAAGGUGAAAAAUAUUUUCAAUCAUUUAAAUCUAAUCAAAUUUAUACCAUACAAGGUAUAUUAAAUUAUAGUUUAAAUUAUUGUACAAUAUCCAAUAUAUUAACUAUAACAAUUAUGAAUGCGGAUAAUUUAAAAUUUCCAUUAGAAUUAACAAAUUAUUAUACAUAUAUCAUAAUAACUUUAUUCAUAUGGGAUAAUGAUCAUCAAUAUUGGAUUCUAUUAGAUGAUCAACAAAGAACAACUCAUUAUGUGAAUGGAUUCAAACCAAUAUGGAAUGAAUUAUUUAAUUUUCAUAUAAUACAAUCAAAAUUAUUUCAAACAAAUUUAAGUAUUGAAUUAUAUAUAAAUGAUUCUAUUGGUCAAGAUAAAUGUAUUGGAUAUCUAGAUAUACUACUUAAUAAUAUUAAUACAAAUUUAUACUUUAAUCAAGAAUAUAGAUUUACAGAAAUGUUAAAAUUAUAUACAAGUAAUUUAUCGGAUUUAGGUGAAAUAUGUAUUGGUUUACAAUAUAAUAAUAAUAAUAAUAAUACUAAUAAUAAUAGUGGUAGUAAUAAUAAUGUUAGUAAUAGUAAUAAUAAUAAUAGUAAUAAUGAUGAUCCGUGUUGUCUUCAUAUUCGUCUAAUUGAAUUACGCAAUCUUAACCUUGAAAAUAUUAUUCAAUCAUCAAUAUCAUCAAAUGAGAAUAAAGUUUAUGUUAUGGUUUAUAUAAUUCGUUAUAAUAAACUAAUUCAAUAUGAAAGGAUUAAAUCAUAUAAAGAUUUAAAAAAUUUCUAUUUUAAUCAUACGAUUAAUGUCAAUUUAAACAAAAUUGAUCAUUUAAAAGAUGUACAAAUUUAUAUUCAAUUAUAUUAUAUUAAACAAAUAUUAGGUGAAAUAAAUAUUGGAUUACAAUAUCCUCAUACAACAGGUUAUAAACAUUGGUUAGAAAUGUUUAAAAAUCCAUUGAAUAUGAAUAUCAUGUGGCAUAUUUGGAAUCCGAUAUCAUCACCAUCAUCACCAUAA